UUCAUAUAUAUGUGGCACUAGCCAUGCAUACAUUUAAAGUUGGUUUGAAUUACUGUGUGGACUGUAUUGACUUUAUACUUUGCCUGUGUUCACACCAAGGGACGUGACUUAGAAGACUGUUUAGGUCAUGUUGCCUAUUUGCAAGAGUUCUCAGUCUGGAGCGGCCAUAUGUGAGAGUUGCUUGAGUGGGAAGCAAGGCACUGCACAUAGAUAGGAUGAGGACCUCGGACCCCUGAGUUCUGAGUUGAAGAGGAUCUAGUGGUUGAGGUGAAAAGGGAGGGGGGCAGGAUGGACGUCUAAGGUGGGUAGGAAUGGAGCUGUGCUGCCUGCUCACUAGGACCUCGUGCUCAGGGUGUGCUCUGUGUUGGCUGUUCCUGCAGAAGUCCCCUCAGCCCCUCUGAGCAGCAGCAGCAGUUCACCAGGAAGGGAGAGAGUCUGCAUCUGGAUCUCUUGUGGUUUUUGUUUUGCUUUGCUGCUAUUGUUGUUGUUGUUGUUGUUGUUUAUAGCCCUGUUGAAAGGGCGGGGAACAGGGAAGUGACCGGCUGCUGACCACAUUAGUGGCUCUUUGUGUCUCAGUGAUGAAGGUGUAGCGAGGGUUUUUCUGAGGAAGGACCUGCUGAGGGAAGAAGUUUAUGUAGAAAGGCAGAUCAGGAGACCAGGACCUCCCUUUUGUAAACCUGCAGGUUCCAGCUCCUGGGUUUGCUCUAGCGAACAUUAGAGGUGCCUGAAUGUCCAGCUGUGGUGACCACAGACUGCACCCCUCACUUCCCAUCCUCAGGAACCAGUUGAGCAAAAGGCAGAAGAGCGCUAGUCCUCACGCCUGCUGCAGGCCAGAUGGGAGCUGUGGGAGCUGUGGAGAAUGAGCUCCUGACUCCUGGCCAACGGGGAGGGAAGGGCACUGCAUACAUAUGAAGGGGACAGACCCCCGCUGCCCUGUUUUAAGAAAAUAACCCAUUUACGUGUAGUAUGGAAAGAUGUAUGGAACGCCAUUAAUAGUGGGUCCCUCCUGAGACUGGGAAGGGAAAUGGGCUGAAAAUAAAGCUUCAAUUUUGAGCCUGUUCUUACUGUACACAUUCAUGUAAUCACUGGCAGGUAUCACUUCUGUAUUAAAACACACUGUAGCCUAGAGCUUAAUGCUUAGGUAGGUGCCAGGGCUAGGUCCUCCAGUUCCCAUCAGGGUCCUCAGUGCCAGCAGCCUGGGCCCAUAGCCCUGGGCCGAGGAAGAAGGAAGCUAGGGGCCUCUUGGGACACAGUAGAUGAAGACAAGCUUGCUAGAGGAACUCCUGCUAGGUUAAGCCUGACACAGAGAUUCUGGUAGAUGUGGAACAGUGGUGACAUCAGAGUAUGAGGUUUUCCUCUUCACUGAGCAGACUGAGGCUUCGAACAUCCUUGAGGGUUGAGGAAAGAGGUGUGGUUGUGGGAUGACAGUUAAAAUAGUUUGAACACCUCAGGGUCAGCCUCACUAGGAGCUUGCGUCCUAUCUUUCCUCCUCCUGUUGGGGCAGGUCCUAGAGCCUCGCCUUACGCAAGAGGAGCUUGAAGACUGUUUUGUGUUUCUUUGUGGUUUUUGAGUUGGGGGUCUCACCCCAUGUAGCCCCAGCUGGUCUCCAGCUCAAGGCAGUCCUGCUUCCUCAGCAGCCUAGGCACUAGGGCCACAGAUCUGUACCACCGCAUGUGGUCCCUGUUUGCAUCUGUGGUAGAGCCCUGGCGGAAGUGCGGAGCAGUGGCUGAGCAGUCUGACUCGGCUGUGCACGCUUCGCUUCCUGCCCUUGUCCAGCACAUUAUGUUGUUCAUGAAGUGUAGCUUCCAGAAUUAUAUGCGACAUACUUUAUUUACCUCAUCCAUUCAUUCCACCCAUUUACUGUUGACUCAUUCAGCUAAUUAUAAUUGUGUGUUCAUUACUGUGAAGUGCCAGGUGCUGAGCGAGGAACGAGGGACGCUGUUGGGAGAGGUGUCCAGAGGAGAGUCAGGGCUCCAAGCUUGCUGAUGAUCGCAUGGCACUGGUGUCAGGCAUCAGCCUAGAUCCAGAAGCAGCAAUUGGUGUGACAAAGCGGUCACCUCCCAAGUGGGUGGAUGGAGUGGACGAAAUCCAGUAUGAUGUUGGCCGCAUCAAACAGAAGAUGAAGGAGUUAGCCGGCCUUCACGAUAAGCAUUUGAACAGACCUACCCUGGAUGACAGCAGCGAGGAAGAACAUGCCAUCGAGAUCACCACCCAGGAGGUCACCCAGCUCUUCCAUAGGUGCCAGCGUGCUGUGCAGGCCCUGCCCAGCCGGGCACGAAGGGCCUGCUCAGAGCAGGAAGAACGGCUACUGCGCAACGUGGUGGCCUCCCUGGCACAGGCCCUGCAGGAGCUGUCCACCAGCUUCCGGCAUGCACAGUCCGACUACCUGAAACGCAUGAAAAACCGAGAGGAAAGAUCACAGCAUUUCUUCGACACCCCAGUACCACUAAUGGAUGAUGGAGAAGAUGCUGCUCUCUAUGGUCAGGGUUUCACGGAUGACCAACUGGUGCUGGUAGAGCAGAGCACACUGAUGGUGGAGGAAAGGGAGCGAGAGAUCCGUCAGAUUGUACAGUCCAUUUCAGACCUCAAUGAGAUCUUCAGGGACUUGGGGGCCAUGAUCGUGGAGCAGGGUACAGUCCUUGACAGAAUUGACUAUAAUGUCGAACAGUCCUGUGUCAAGACUGAAGAUGGCUUGGAACAGCUUCACAAGGCAGAGCAGUACCAGAAGAAGAACCGGAAGAUGCUUGUGAUCUUGAUUCUGGUUGCCAUCAUCGUAGUCCUCAUUGUGGUCCUCAUCGGCGUAAAGUCUCGCUAGUGGCACCAAGUUCUGCAUGGACUAGUUGGGUGUUAGGGUCUGGCUGGCGCCCUGCCGCUGCACUAAGAGUGCAGCCCACUGGUGCGGCGGUGGGCAGCAGGCCUUCCGGGGACGCCUUCUAACCAGUGGACUGGCGUGCAGGCACGGCCAUGUUUCCCAUCUCUGUCAGAGUCUAAGGAUGAGAUGCUGUUGCCGAAGAGACUGGCCUAUGAUCGGCUGAAAUGUGAGCGUGUGCUUUAGUGAGAGGGGUGGGAGGGUCCCUGGCAUUGCUGAGCCCCGUGGCCCGGGUGUGCGCAUGCUCAGUUUUUGCACUCCUGUCUCAGCGGCAAGUUAAAUAAUUUUUGGGAAAUUUUUUUUAACCAUCUGGUUUUUAAGAAGUUUGGUACCAAAAAUUUAUGAGUGUAGAGGCAAUGCCUCUUUAUCUUCCCAGCUGAAAACAAAGCAAGAAGUCCUUCAAGGAUUUAUAAUCUGUUCCCAUUAACUUAAUUUAGCCUUCCAUCACUGUUAACGACCAGAGUAACAAAGUGUGAAAAAUAAGAAACCAUCAUUGAUGUUAAUUAACACAUUUAGACGGGCCAGUUAAACCAGCUUCAUGCGUUUAAAUCAAUUGUAAAUAGCAUAUUCCUCAUUGAGAAUUUUGCCCUGUAUUUUCUACUGUAAACCAAGAGGGGUUACUAAGCCAAACUGCCUGAAUCAGAAACUCGGUCAUUUGAACCAACCUCACAUUACAAGAAAGCUUGACAAUGUCACGAACUAGAUUGAGCCAGUGUGUCCCAGACAUCCUUCCUCAGUCCAUUACUUACAUUCUAGCUACGUAAUGACCUGUCCAAACCUGACUCCAUUUAAUGAACUGUGAAUUUACACAGAGGCCCUUUUAAAUGGGUCACCCCAUUUAGGAUUAGUGGAUCUCAAAUUAUUAACCAAACAUCACUCCAUUUCAAAGUAAAAUAUUCUACACAUGAUUUGAUUUAUCGACUCCUCUGUUGCCACUUAGCAAUGCCCAGAAAGCGGGUGUAAUCCUGAGGACAGUGAGAACCUCCACUAGGGAAGCCCUGCAUGCUUGUGUGUGUGGUGUGUGUGUGUGUGUGUGUGUGUGUGUGUGUGUGUAUGUUCGUGCACGUGAGCGAGCACAUUGUGCAUAUCAGGUCGCCAAAGUAGGGUUCUGCUCACCUACCUGUGAGCUCUAUGGUGCUCGUGUGCUCUGCAGAGCUGGAGCCAUACGGACCAGACUGACGGAGCUUUGAAGAGUGCGCAUCUCACUUGCUGUUUGCAUCAGCACUGAUAGAAUUUUAGUGGUCUUUGUGUAAUUGUUGAUGGCUUGAAAAAACUGUCUCUGCCUUCUUUAACUUAUUUAAACAGUGUGGCCCUGUUAAUGUGUACAUUUUUAUUUGGACCAGGCCUAUGAAAUGCCUCUCUGAGAUUCACAGAAGGGUAUCUCAAAACUCCAGCUCAGACCUAGAAAUGGUGUCAUGUAGACCCAUCAUGAACUCACUUCCCUGCCAGGGCUGUGGGGUACUGGGAUCUAAAGGAUUACUGGAUCCUUUUGGCAGUGUUAAUAGAGAGGGUUGGAAAAGAGGAGGCAGCACCUACCCCAGCACUUCAGAAUUGGGGAAGGGGCUCUACAGUCUCCUCAACCUCUGAAGUUAGACAAGUUCUUCCUGGGUAGACUGGUCAAAUUAGGGGACCUGCUUCAAGCAAUCUGUGGAGAUGAUUAUGGAGUAAUUGUGAAAGCCUUGAAGAAAAGUGACCUUUUAAGAAAGAAUCACUAUUUAUAAUUUAUUUCCCUGAAUAGAUUUCAUUUUAGCGGGGCUGUUGGUUUUCUCCCAACCCAUCUGGUUAGAAAUUGUCCCAAGGACCUGUGAGGAGAGGGACUGUCUCCUUCUGCCUGAAGGCAGUGUGGUGCUGGUCUGGCCCCAAGCCACCCUGGUAGGUGUCCUGACAGAGAGCAUGGGUUGUACCCGGCUGCAGAGCUUUAUGCACUCUUUGGGAUGCCCCUGCCUCUGGGGGAGAGCUGAGAGAGAAGCCUUUGAGAAGUUCGUAUCCGUGCCCCGAUAGGUCCCCCACAGUAAUUGCUUUUGGAAGAGGACUCUUGUACCUGCUGACAGCCACUGUCUGUGCAUCCAUCCCACCCUUCAGUCUGCCAUGGAGGUGACAAUCACACAGACACGUCUCUCCCUGUGCCUGGGAGGCGCCUCUGGACAUCACCUCUCCCCGCUGCCCUGCAGGCUCUUGCAGAGUUGGUGUGGAAGAGGAGAGGGAAAGAGCUGCUGGUCCUUCUGGGCUCCUGAUCUUUCCUAAGACUAGCUUAAAACUGCUGCCUGUCUUUCUGUUUGUUGGGGGUGGGGGGACAUUGGGGUGCUGGCCGGGCCCGCUAUGUGAAGCAAUGUGUGUCUAAUUUAACGGAUGUACCACUCUCUCUGCUAAUUGAGAGAGCAUUAUUUAUUUGUUUUGACACAGUGCUUGCAGUGUUUCAUCCCAGCUAAUGGCUUCUUAAAGGUAAUAAAACCCUUCAACCUAAUUGGUCAGAUAAGACUUUUUCCUUGUAUGCUUAAAUAAAGCAAUUAGUGAAAUGCUUCUAUCCAAAAUGACUUUUUUUUGUCCUUUAAAAAAAAAAAAACUAAUUUACUGUUACUGGAAACUUUUUGUACAAUAAAGCAAUCUCGCAGAUUAAAGAGCA